AUGGCCGCGUCCCCCGGAGCGCCCCGGGCCCCCGUGGACGAGGCGCCGCCGCCCCAGCCGGAAGCGCGCACCUCGGAGCGCAGCUCGGACAGCAGAGCCGGUCAACUCUCAUUCUGUACCAAGGUGUGCUAUGGCGUUGGUGGGAUCCCCAACCAGGUGGCCUCCAGCGCCACAGCCUUUUACCUGCAACUCUUCCUGCUUGAUGUGGCCCAGGUCCCUGCUGCCCAGGUGUCACUUGUCCUGUUUGGAGGGAAGGUGUCUGGGGCAGCUGCCGACCCUGUGGCUGGGUACUUCAUCAACAGAAGCAGGAGGACAGGGUCUGGACACCUCAUGCCCUGGGUGCUGGGCUGCACGCCUUUCAUCACCGUGGCCUACUUCCUCCUGUGGUUCCUGCCCCCCUUCACCAGCCUGCGGGGCCUCUGGUACACGAGCUUCUACUGCCUGUUCCAGGCCCUGGCCACGUUCUUCCAGGUGCCCUACGCGGCGCUCACCAUGCUCCUGAGCCCCUGCCCGAGGGAGCGGGACUCGGCCACGGCGUACCGGAUGACCCUGGAGAUGGCGGGGACGCUGAUGGGAGCCGCCGUCCACGGGCUCAUCGUGGCGGGCGCCCACGGACCGCACAGGUGCGGGGACGCGGCGCUCGCCGGGCCGCUCGCCGUCUCCCCCGACGCGACUCGUCUCUACUCCAUUGCAGCCGCCGUGCUUGCUCUGACUUACCCCGUGUGCACCGGUUUGCUCUGCCUCGGGGUGAAGGAGCGACCAGACUCCUCUGCCCCAGCCUCAGGCCAAGGCCUGGGCUUCCUGGCUGGGCUGGGCCUCACUGUCCGGCACCCGCCCUACCUGAAGCUGGGGAUCUCCUUCCUGUUCAUCUCAGCAGCCAUUCAGGUGGAGCAGAGCUACCUGGUCCUGUUCUGUACACAUGCGUCCCGGCUCCAUGAUCACGUCCAGAGCGUGGUGCUAACCAUCCUGGUCUCGGCUGUGCUGAGCACCCCGCUGUGGGAGUGGGUCCUACAGCGAUUUGGGAAGAAGAUAUCAGCCUUCGGGAUCUGUGUGAUGGUGCCUUUUGCAAUCCUGUUGGCCGCUGUACCCACAGCACCUGUGGCAUAUGUGGUGGCCUUUGUGUCUGGCGUGAGCAUUGCUGUGUCCUUGCUGCUACCCUGGUCCAUGCUUCCAGAUGUGGUGGAUGCCUUCCAGCAGCAGCACCAGCAUGGCCCAGGCCUGGAGACCAUCUUCUACUCAUCCUAUGUCUUCUUCACCAAGCUUUCUGGCGCAGGCGCCCUGGGCAUCUCCACUCUCAGUCUGGAGUUUGCGGGCUAUGAGGCAGGAGCCUGCAAGCAGGCGGAGCAGGUGGUGGUGACCCUCAAGGUCCUCAUUGGGGCCGUGCCCACCUUCAUGAUCCUCACCGGUCUGUGCAUCCUCAUGGUUGGCCCCACUCCAAAGGUGCCCAGCCAGGACCCUUCCCGCCGGCAGAGCCUUCAGAGGAGGACCAGCUACAGCCUCGCUUGAGGGCUGACCUUGUGUGGCCUGGAACAGCAGGGGCCGCCGUCUUCCGGGCCCGGAGUCCCUCUUUCUUCUCAGUCCUUAGCGCACCGACUUCGAAGGUUACACGUGACCUGUCUCUUCCCCUGGGAUAUGGAGUCUUCGGGGACACCUCCUGAAGGGACUGGCCUGGGCUCCGGGACCCUCGCCUGCCACUUCUUGCUUGUUGAGCACAGACCAGGUCACAUAGGCCUGUGCCCCAGACCACCCAGCUCCAGGUAACCGUGACCUAGAAAGCAUCCCAAGAGCAACUAUUCCUGGGAAAAGGAAGCCCCACAACUUGCUCACCCAACAGGACAGACGCACAGACUUCUUGCUCUUCCUGAUGCUCUAGUGGACAUCCGAGAGGCUGACAGACACCACGUGAAUGGGCAGAGUGGGGACAGAUGGACAUGCUGGGGAUGACAUCAGGAGAGACACAGAUAGAGGCACUGAGACCAACAGACCCCAGAGGGAGCAAAUGGGGACAGCAGGCGGGGAGGAGACUGAGCUGGACACGAGAGGCAUUUCUCAAGGCUUUGGGCUUGUUCAGAUAAGCCGGCAACAGUUUCUGGAAUCAGACACAGGCUGAUAUUGAGGUACCAAACAUCAAUCAUUUUUAGGAACAAAAGUUAUUUUUGUGGAAAUACUCUUCUGAAAUUGUAUCUUACAAAGGCACAGGGACCAC